UACUCCCUGCAGAAGGAGGUGGCGCUGAAGAGUCGGAUGCUGGAGUCACUGCAGUCAGACUACGACUGUGUUAAGAACCAGCAGAGACAGCAGCUUCAAGAAGAACAAGAACAUCUGGAGAGGAGCCACAGCAUGGCAGUCAAUGAUCUCAACAACAAGAUCCUGAGGCUGCAGUCGUCUCUGGAGGAGUCCCAGCUGAGUGAGAAGCAGCUGAAACACAAGCUGGAGGUGCAGACGGAGACGCUGAACAACAAGAUGGAGGAGCUGCGAGCUAUGAAUGAAAACACCCAGAGCUCCAUGACGUCCGAGAUGAUGGAGGUGCAGAUGAAGAUCAUGGAUCUGGAGAGCGUUAAGGUGGAGCUGGAACAGACGCUGCAGGAGUCACAGUACAGAGAGCAGCAGCUGGAACUGACCAAUACCAGCCAACAGCGUCACCUCGAGCGAAUCACAGAGGAGAAAGAGGAGAGAGAGAAAGAAGCUGUUUCCUGCUUCAAUUCAUUAGAGAAAUCUCGCGAGGCGAACCGGGACCUUCAGAUCCAGCUGGACCAGGUUCUACAGCAGGCUCAGGAUCCAAACAGCAAAGGCAACUCCCUGUUUGCUGAGUUGGAGGAUAAGCGUGCUGAGAUGGAGAGACAGCUGAUCAGUAUGAAGGUCCAGUAUCAGUCGCUGCAGAAACAACACGCCUUCAGCAAACAGCAGCUGCAGCGCACUAAGGUCCAAAUAGCCACCCUGAUGCAGCUCCAGGGAUCGAGGGCUGACCCUGCUCAGCUGGAGAGACUGCAGUCCAUGCUGUCAGAGAAGAACGGAGAGAUCCAACACCUAAUGAACAAACUGCAGAGACUGGAGAAGGUGGAGAUGAUGUUGAAGUCUCAGCCAGCUAAUCCUGCUCCAGCAGAGGGUGGCGAGGGCCAAGAUGAAACCUACUACACUGACCUGCUCAAAAUGAAGCUCAACAACACUGUUAAGGAUGCAGAGCGUAUGGGAGAUGAGCUCUCCCUGCAGAGGAUGAAGUCUCUGUCAGAGAGUCAGAGAGCUCUGGAGCUGGAGAGGAAACUGUUCACAGCUGAACGGCUGCUCAAACAGGCUCAGAGCGAUAAGAUCAAACUGCAGCUACGAGUAGAGGAGCUACAACACAAAUAUGAACCCAAAGAGGCCAAAAAGAAUCUCAUCCAGAGGAGAAAGAAAGAGAAGCUUCCCGUGGACAUCGUACCCUCCUCUGAGACAGCCACAGCUGACAACAAGGGCGAGCAGGUUGUUGUCGUGGAGAUGGAUGUCACAGAUACUAAGACUUUAGACGCUGAGGUUAACACCUGUCCUACAGUAGAGCCAGUGAGCUCCAUGCAAGAUUCAAAGCCUGAGCCCAGGCCUGCAAAGUGUGUGAAGAUCAGUGGAGAUGAACCCGUUAUGAUUCCCAAUCCGAGCUCUCCUGGUGCUGGCUGUAAUGAGAAGGAGUUGGAGGAGAACCAGCAGCAGAACAGAAGAGAGGAGAGAAGAAGAAAACAGAGAACAGUAGAGAUGAUCCACGUUGGCUCUAACAACAGUAUGGAGAACCAAUGUGCUCAGCAGUAACACGGCUGUAGUGCUGUACGUGUGUAUAUGCUGCUAUAACUUCACGUUUUAAAAAAAAAUAGUCUGUAUCUGUAUAACCUUAAUAUUUCUACUUUUACAAAUGAC